UCUCCUAAUUGGAGUAAACUAAUGGACAACAACACUUAGGCCUCUACUUCCAAUUUAUACACUAUGUAUUUUACAAUAGUUAACUUUGUAUUGUUUUUAAUCACAUCCUUCAGCUUCCAUACAUCUAUCUCUGAAGCCCAUCCGUAUAUUUUUAACUGUGCCGUUUCACAACAUUUCUGAACCUACAUAUAUUUUACAGACACAGUAUAUUUUACGUUAGUCAUCUUGUUGUUUUUAAUCCCACCCUUCAGCUCCACUCAACCCCUCCCGUCUAUCUCUUAACGCCAUCCAUUUUUUUUAUUUCUAUCUGCCAUAUAUUUUUCAACUGUGCUUGUGAUGUUUCACAAAAGUUUCAUUAGUGUUGAUUACAUGGCUUUGCUUUUCCUCUCUGGACUCUAUGUGGACUAACUUUCGAUCCAUUCAAUGUGGAUUCAUGAAGUCUCUAAUACUGAACGUUUUAUCUGUUGAUUUAGAUUAACCAUUGAGGUAUCCUUGGUUGAACUCCAUUCACUGUCAUUUUUGGAUUUUGGCAGUUGAUCUCUGCUUAAUAAAACCCUAAUCAUAAGCACCUGUUGCUUUGCCAGAGGUUUCCUGUCAGCCAGCCAGCCUCUCAGAGACCUCAUUCAAACUGCCAGUUUGUCCCCGUGUCGACAAAUAAGAGACCGACAAUUGUGGCAUCACCAAAACAAGGCAAGAGGUGUGGGGCACAACACAGACUAUCGUUAGAAAGUAGCAAAAACAAGUGCUGUGUUUAGGUGCUACACAUUUUGAAGCUCAUCCCAAAGAGAUGAUCAAUGCUAGCAUGCUGCCACGUAUGAAGAAAAGGCCAAGGCCAGUUGAGGCUGGUGCUCGGGGUCAGGAAGAGGUCAAGUUCAAUGAGGUGACGGUGUACCUGGUGGAGAGGAAGAUGGGCAGCAGUAGAAGGAGCUUUCUGACCAGCCUGGCCAGGUCAAAAGGCUUUAGAGUGGAAUAUGCCCUCAGUGAUGAGGUCACCCACGUGGUGGCAGAGAAUAACCAGGCUGGGGCAUUGUGGGCGUGGCUACGGGGGAGUGGUCUGAGGGAUGUCUCCAGACUGCAGGUGCUGGACAUCUCCUGGUUCACGGACAGCAUGAGAGAGGGGAGACCUGUCACUGUGGAGACCAGUCACUGUAUUCCGGAUACUUCAUCCACAGUGACAGAAUGUUCUCCACCCACUGCUGCUGCCAACGUUUCUCAAUACGCAUGUCUGAGACGGACAACCAUAGAAAAUCACAACAAGAUAUUCACGGAUGUGUUGGAGAAGCUGGCGGAGAAUUCUGAGUUCAAUGAAAGUAAGGGUCCAUGUCUGGCGUUCCGGCGAGCAGCCUCAGUCCUGAAGAGUCUGCCAUCAGCAGUGCACUGUCUGGGGGCCAUCCAGGGCCUCCCCUGCCUGGGUGAGCACACGAAGGCUGUCAUAGAGGAGAUCCUUAUAUUUGGCCGCUCCUUUAAAGUUGAAGAGGUACAGAGUGAUGAACGAUAUCAGGCACUUAAGCUGUUCACCAGUGUGUUCGGGGUUGGACCCAAAACUGCUGAGAAGUGGUACCGCAGAGGGCUGCGCUCACUCAAGGAGAUUCUGGCCGAGCCCAACAUCCAGUUGAACAGGAUGCAGAGAGCUGGUUUCCUGUAUUACAGGGACAUCUCCAAGGCUGUCAGUAAAGCCGAGGCCAAAGCUCUUAGAAGCAUCAUUGAAGAGACUGCCCAUUGGACCGCACCCGAUUCUAUACUGGCUCUGACAGGUGGCUUUCGCAGGGGGAAGGAGUACGGGCACGAUGUGGACUUCCUGUUGACCAUGCCUGAGAUGGGAAAAGAAGAGGGGCUACUGCUUCGUGUGAUCGACAGACUUAGAGACCAGGGCAUUCUGCUAUACUGUGAGCACCAGGGCUCCACCUUUGACAUGAGCAAGCUGCCUAGUCGCAGGUUCGAGGCCAUGGACCACUUCGAGAAGUGCUUCCUGAUCCUGAGACUGGAGGAGGGACAGAUGGAAGGGGAUGAAGGGCUGCAGAAGGACCCAGGGGAGAGCAGGGGCUGGAGGGCCGUACGGGUGGACCUGGUGGCAACACCUGUUGACCGCUAUGCCUUUGCCCUCCUGGGCUGGACCGGCUCCAGGCAGUUUGAGAGAGAUCUGAGGAGGUUUGCCAGGAAGGAGAGGGGGAUGUGUCUUGACAACCACGCCCUGUAUGACAAAACCAAGAAACUAUUCCUACCGGCAACUUCAGAGGAGGAUAUCUUUGCCCAUCUGGGUUUGGAGUAUGUGGAGCCCUGGCAGAGAAACGCAUAAGCAUGUUUCCCUCACAGACACCCAUACAAUGCCACCUUGGCUACAUACAGUACAUCACUCCCAUCUGUCUACCCACUCGGCUACACACUACUGCAAUCUCAUUUGAAAGAGCCUAAUCUGGGUUGAUUUCUAUACUUGUGUUCUGUUGUUGGACUAGAUGCUGAUGUAUGAUUCAUCAUUUUAGUCUUUUCAUCAUGCCUGGCUGCUUUCUGUUAGCCUCUUAGCGAGUAAACAUUCUGCUCUGUCAUUCACAACA